AUGACUACGUCUCUUAUUGCUGAAAUCAUGCUCUUUUGUCUUGUUCUUGGUGAUGCAGUUGAAAAUGCAUUCGUAAUCGAUAUCAAAGAAGAUUGGAAGGACUAUUUCGCAUCUAAAAAA